AUGUGGGGACCCAUACUACCAUUUAUUGUGGUAAAAUGGAUCCAAUUGACCAUCAUGUGGUUGUGUCCCGUACGGUUCGACACUUCAUCUGACCUUGUGUUAGCCAAAUAUGUGCUGGAUCAAGCAGAAUUUGUGAGUGGAUGGCCAUCUCCGGUGCGACCACUUGUCAAUUGUUUCGUCAAUUCUGUGCUAAAAAAACUUGUUGCUUGGGAUAUAGUGUACUUCUCGGACCUAUUUGUCCACGACAUCGAGUUUGAACACUUGUUUGUGUUCUGUCCUCUUUGGUGGAGAUGGGUCAAGUAUAUGCCACCAGCUUCAAAUAAUUUCUACACAAAGCUAUUUGCUUCUGUUAUUUAUGCCAAUGGUUUCCACUUGGUUUCUUGUAUUUCCAUGUACUACUUGGCUGAAACAACAUUUGGCAAAAUUAGUAUGUUUCGUCUGCGUGCAAAAUCCAUAGCAUUGGCAUCUUCAUUGGCGUAUGUCAUUUCACCAGCAGGCAUAUUUUUGACGGCACCUUACUCAGAAAGCUUUUGUAACGUGCUAGUGAUCACCGGGUUGUGGUUUAGAGAGGCUGGUCUCGGUAAAAACCCGGUUUUGUCAUCAUUCAACAAUUUAACUUCAGUUAUCUUAUACCUUGUUUCCGGCCUGCUUAUUGCAAUUUCCUUUGGAGUUCGAGCCAAUAGUGUGCUCUUUGGCUUGUUCUACCUCUAUGAUCUACAAAACGCUUGGAAAAACAGUCUCUUCACCGAUUGUACAUUGACAAUUGCUGCUGGUGGACAGCUCGCUGUGGCUAUAGUGGUGUCCACUUGGUACCCAUAUUCCGUUUUCUGUCCCAAUCGUGGAGAAUGGUGCAACUCCUGGUUUCCCCUGCUCUUCUCCUAUGCCCAGUCAAGGUACUGGGGAACAGGCUUCCUUGCGUAUUGGACCCCAAACAAUAUACCGAAUUUUGCAUUCGCAGCACCUACAAUAAUCAUUGCAUUUUGGGCUUCGAGAUACUUUUUGCUCGACUAUCCCUCAAACCGGCUCCUUCCGCACAUAGCCACUACACUAGCACUUUGUAUGGGAGCAAUUCUAUUCUGGCAUGUUCAAAUCAUUACCCGAAUCGGAUCGGUGUUACCACUCCCAUACAUGUACAUUGGGUGUUUGGCAACGUCACCAUCCCAAAUUCAAAACUCAUGGGCCAAAUACAUUGCUGUGUUUUCCUUGCUGUGGAUAUUUCUCCAAACCGGCCUUUUCGCUGGGUUUCUUCCUCCAGCUUAG